CAUCUUGGAGAGGGCAAAUAAUAAACGACUGAGAAAAUGCAGUACUGCUUUUGUUUUAAUUAUUAUUACUCAUGUAUCCUUCUGCUUCUAUUGAUCUGCACUGCAGGAGCAGCCACAAAACUGCAAAGAAAUGAGAGUAUUUUGGCAAUUCAAGCGUUUGGGGACUCAUUUCUUGAUACAGGCAACAAUAACCAUCUCAUCUCCAUAACCAAGUGCAAUUUUCCUCCUUAUGGAAAAGACUUCCCCGGAAGGAAACCAACAGGGAGAUUUUGCAAUGGAAAAGUUAUCUCCGACUUGAUAGCUGAAGCCUUGGGAGUUAAAGAACUUCUGCCUUCAUACCAUGACAAAAACUUGCGAAGUAAAGAUCUGCAAACAGGCUUGUGUUUUGCCUCAGGUGGCUCCGGAUAUGAUUCUUUAUCAUCCAAAAUAAACCAAGUUAUCCCACAAUCAGAUCAACUGCAAUUCUUUAAAGAAUACAAGGCAAAGCUUAAAGAAGAUGUUGGGAAAGAAAGAUCAGAGACCAUCAUCGCCAACAGCCUUUUUUUAAUAUCAAGUGGUACCAAUGACAUCUUAUUCAGGUACUUUGGAACUAAACUUAGACAGUUACAAUAUGAUGUUCCAACCUACACUGAUCUUUUGGCGACAUGGGCUUCCAAUUUCUUCAGGGAUUUAUACAAUAUAGGGGCAAGAAAAAUCGCGGUUCUUAAUACAUCACCAGUGGGAUGCCUUCCAUUUUCAAGAACUAUUGGAGGAGGCAGUGAAAGAGAAUGUGCAAAGGACUAUAACCAAGCAGUUGAAUUGUUCAACGCCAAGCUCUCUUCUCAGUUAGCUUCCCUAAGCCGUGAACUUCCUCAAUCCACUAUGAUUUAUGUUGAUCUUUAUAAUCCUCUUCUUCAUAUCAUCCUAGAACCCAAUAAAUAUGGCUUCGGAAUAUCAGAUAAGGGGUGUUGUGGUACUGGAGCCAUAGAGACGGCGAUUCUGUGUAACAAGUUGACUUCAACUACUUGUUCGAAUGCGUCUGCUUAUGUGUUCUGGGACUCGAUCCAUCCCACCGAAGAAGGUUUCAAGUCACUUGUUUCGAAACUCGUUCCACAACUCUUUGAGUAGAUUAUUAUUUUCUUACAACGUAAAAUAAACCUGCUCAACAUGAUCUCUGCCUUUCUAACUGAUCAAUCGUACGAAUGAGAGACUGAUAGUUUUCUGUAGUAAACGGGCCUGAUCUCUCUUCCAACUCAUCAAUCGUACGAUGAGAUACGUACGAAUAGUUUUCUGUAACUAACGUGCUUUAUUGCAGUCUCCAAUAUUAUUAAUGUUAUUUUUGUUUAGCGUCACUUUAUAAAUGUGUAUUACUGAUAGACAGUACACGCAUGUCUGGCCAUUGAUGAGUCCAGAUCUGCUGUCUUUUAAUUCUCAUCUCAUUUGUUGUCCCCUCAAUAAAAAUUUGACACUCAUCAAAACUUUUACACCUCAACUCCUAUUAAAUGAUGCUAACGGU